AUGUUUUGCUUCGAGAGAUGGCGCGGCGUUCUACAGGACCUUCAGGAGGAGUCGGUCGACGAGGACCACUUGUCUGCGCUUGCCUGCCCCUAUUUCAAGAAAGAAGGAUGGCCGAAUCGGGACCCCAAGACCUUAUUGGCCGCUCAUCCGGACCAGGAAACAAGAGAGGCGGAGAGAGAGAGAGAGGAGGUUCUUGCAGCAGACGUGGUGCAUCCAAUUUGGGGUGAGGGCUCCUGUGCUCACCAGUGCGGUGACCGUUGUGCGGCGCGGUGCGUAGGAAACUGCUUGGUGUCCAUGUGUUCAACGUAUGACGACCUGGGAAGUGAAUCUCUCGGUGAUCUCGCGCCGUUUGGUCUGGGGUUUGCUGACACGUGCCACAACCCCGCCACAACCCUGCCACGACCCUGCCACAACCCUUUUGGGACUCGGAAACACUGCCCUGUUGUGUCUGAGCAUGUCUCGAGCGUGUGA